AUUAUUCAAUAAAUUUGUAAUUUUAUGAGCAACGUGAACACAGCAUCAAAAUAAGUAGAUUUUGUUAAUUUCCUGCUUACGCACUUCUUUAUUUCAAAAUAAAAGUAGUGAAUAAACUUUAAUUUCAAAAUAAAAGUUAAAAUUAUUACAGUUUUUCUGAAUUGCUAAACGUAUUUCUUGAAACCAUCACUCAAUUUCUCACAAAUCUAAACCUUCAAACUAAAUUCACUGAACCCCUGACUCUUCUGGCAAACAAAACAAUAGCUUCAAAUCACACACACAUUAGUCAAAAUACACACUAAAUAUCAUUAAUUAGAAACUACGUAAACAAAUUGAGAUCACAGUGUCCUGGGGCCUGUUGCACAAAAGUAGAAUUAAGACAUCCGGGAUAAAUGAUUCAGCUGAGCUCAAUAAAGCCAAAACAUGUGCGUCCAGGCUUAAUUGGUUGCACAAAGACCAAGCCAGGAUGAGCAGACACGGAUUCAUUAAGCCAGGUGAAACCAAUCCUGGAUAGGUGCGCGCUCACGGCUCACUCAAAUAGACCCCGCCACAGAUCACAGAUUAACUGAUUUACCAUGGCAACUAGAGCCGCGUACUUUUCCCCGUCGGAAGCACAAAUCCUCAUGGAGGCAUACGAGGAGGUAAAAGAUAUAAUUAAGAAGAAAGGCAACACCGCCACAGUGAUAAAGCAAAGAGAAAAAGCGUGGCAAAGUAUUGCAGACCGCCUGAAUGCAUUAAACAUGAACGGGCCAAAACGGACAUGGCAGCAGGUCAAAAUCAAAUACAAGAACAUUCUGCAGAAUGCAGUGAAAAAGAAUACCCACAGACAAGGCACGGGUGGUGGGUCACCAAAGGCUGACCUUACCCCAGCAGAGGACAUGGCCUUGGAGCUAAAUAAAGGCAGGCCCGUCUUAGAGGGGAUCCCUGGGGGGAAAGAGACGAGCAUAGGUUCCUCCCAAGAUGCCACCCGCUUCAUUCAAGUGUCUGGCAGCACUGUGUUCCUGUUAGAGCCACCAGCACAAGCACCAGACGAUGCUGAUCCAGGUGAAAGUCCCAGUGCAGCAGCAACAGCACAUGAUGGAGAUGAUGAUGAGGAGGAGACCAUCUCUCUGGAUUCCAGAAGGCAUGAGGAUCCAGAUGCUAUACAGUGGGAAAACCAGCCUGGCAACAUAAGCUCACAAGCUAUCAGAAAGUUGUAUGGCAACCACCUCCGGCGCCAAAUAGAACUGGCAGACAUAGACAUUCAGUACAAGAAGAAAAAGCUAGAAAAUCUUGCACUGGAGUCCGAAAUAAAAAAGAGGACAAUUAGGAAACUGGACCUUGAAAUAAAAAAACUUGAGCGGGAGCUCCAAGAAGAUGACACAGCUCAAAAUAAAAAUUAGCAAUCAGUACAACCAAGUCAUCGUUAUAAGGCACCAGCCUCUUUUGCCCACCCCCCCAGCACCAGGUGUGGCCACUAGCCUAUAUGAAGGCCCAAAAUUGUGUGUUCCUUUCUGCUCUGACAAUGGCAUGCCCAUUCUUGCGAGAUGUGGUGGAUGAAGAAGCACUUGUGCUGAGGAGAGCCUUCAGGCGAGAAAGGGUCUUCAGGGACCGGUUGGACCCACUGGCCUUCCCUGAUGACCAUCUAUAUGAAAGAUACAGGUUUUCUGCAGAUGGCAUCAGGUAUCUAUGCAGACUACUGGGUCCCAGGAUUAAGCACCGCACUGCACGGAGCCAUGCACUGAGUGUGGAGCAAAUGGUUUGUGUGGCCUUGCGCUUUUUUGCUAGUGGAGCCUUCCUGUACUCGGUGGGGGAAUGCAGAACAGCUGAACAAGGCCACAAUUUGCCGCACAAUAAGGAGUGUGUGUCUGGCUAUCAAAGCAUUAGCAGAUGUCUUCAUCUCCUUCCCUGGCCACAGAAGACUCUGUGACAUGAAAGAGGAGUUCUAUAGGAUUGCAGGUUUCCCCAAUGUCAUUGGUGCAGUGGACUGCACACACAUAAGGAUAAAAGCCCCCUCAGGUGCCCAUGAGGCCGAUUUUGUGAAUAGGAAAUCCUUUCACAGCAUUAAUGUUCAGAUGGUCUGCAAUGCUGACUGUGUGAUCAGCAAUGUUGUGGCGAAAUGGCCUGGCUCAGUCCAUGACUCCAGAAUCUUUCGGGCCUCUGAAAUCUAUCAGUGCCUAUCACAAGGU